GCUUGCAGAACACUUUUCCAUCUUAAACAGUCUGAGACUUUCAGAGAUUUUACUUCCCUUUGGGCAGUGGCUGGAAACCUUCUUAUUGCGGUUGUGUGCCAGCUUCACCAUUGCCACCUAGCCUGUCUCGCCAUCUCUGCGAGGCGCGGCUGAGCCCGCAGUGUGGCGGCACAUGCAGGAGUAAGCAAAGCGGCACGCGUGGAUGGCUGCAUGGACGCGGUGACCCCAGCCAAGAACAGGACGCUGUGAGGCCAGGAGCUGCCCUCCGCGUCUGCCUGUGGGUAGGGGUGCCCCGAGCUUUAUGAGUUAGGCGAGAAUGUCCCCCAGAAGCCUCGUGUCCGGAGCUGGGCCUUUUGGAAGGUGGCUGCAGGGCUGGUGGGGCACCCCACCCAUCAGUGCAGUCAUCUGCUGAAGGGCUGGCGCUGACGUGCCGGUGGGAGGUGGGGUUUGGUCAGAAGAGGCGGUUCCUGGGGGGCCGCCUGGAAGGGGCCCUGUCCCUGCCCACCCCUCUGUGCUUCCUGGGUGCCCCGAGCUGAGCACUUCCCACGGCAGACCCUCCCACCGUGCCCUUGUGCCCUGGAGCCAGCUGACUGCAGCGAGUUCUUUAAAACAGCUGAGACAAGCUGGCCUGCAGUCGUGGUUGUCGGUGCUGUUUCGCCCACAGGAAAGCCGCCGGACGGAAGAAAGUGGCGUGGCUUUGCCUCUUGUUCCUCUUUCUGAAGUGGUUGAGGGGCUCCAGGGUCACCCCGGCGCAGCCUCUUUGACCGCUUCAGGCACUCUGCCAGCCGGUCGUGAGCCAGCGAAGCCUCUCUCCGGGUCGGGGAGGUGGACACGGAGGUGCAGGCGGAGAGCCUGGCUUCCGCAGUCUCGGGUCCUGGCAACCAUGUGAAUAGGACAGGAUUAAAGUGUGCUGCGAAUGGGCAAGGCGAUCUGUGUGCAGAGGGAGGUAGAGCUAUCACUAAUCACGGUUCUGGAAAUGUCAAGGUUGUAAUUCGUUCAGGUUAAGUUUAUAACUUAUUCUGUCAUAGAUGCAUAUUUUACUUCGUGUCUCCUGCACAUCCAAGACUGUGCCUGCUGCCAGGGUUGCCAGGGAGCGGCCCCGGGCCUCACGGGCCAUAUAGUGGAUGAUGCAGUAAGGAGCCGGGCCGCAGAGGGGCUUGUGUGAAGGCCUGAGGUGGUGGAGGAAGACUUCGUGCGGAGGGAGAGGCAGCGUCAGGUGGCGCGUGUUCACAGCUAGCCGUGCGCACAGAGCAGGAGAGGUCUCAGCGGAGCUUCAAGGCUGGACAGGACCCAGGGCGGAGCAGAGGACAGGGACGCAGGGGCAGCGGCAGUUUAUCGUUCCUGCCGGGCGGGGGGUGGAGAGCAGCAGGGGUCAGUGAUGCCUGGCAUGGGUCGGGGAGAGAUGUGGAGAGCUGAGUCGCACGGACAGAUGUGGUUAGAGAGCAGGGAGAGUGGACUGUAGCAAGGCCGGCUGGGCUCCUGCGACCAGGGGGGAGCCUGCAAUCGGUCUGGGACAGUGCUGACCUGCGCUGGAAGGAGGCAGCGGGGAGGCCAGCAGGGGCGCAAGCUGCGGUGUGGAGGAGAGCCAGGCUCAGGUCAAGGCACAGCCCUGGGAGGCACAGGGCCAGGUGUGCAGACGGGUGGGGGCUUGGUCUCGAGAAGGGAUUCCCAGCUAGACGGAAGCACAGCUUUGCCGGUGGUUCGCAGCCCUCGGAGACUUCCGGCCCGUUCCUAUCCACACAUGUGGUCUGCUGCCGUCCUUCGUGCGGCCGGUGAGCCCGAGUGGCCCCUGCUCCUCGUGGCUUCCGGGGUGCCCUUGGAUCUGCCCUUGUCGCUGUGGCCGCUGCUCGCCUUGUGCUGUUGUCCCGCCUGUGGGUGCAGCCUCCUGCUGGCCCUCCAGGGUCUCCUCCGGACGUGUGGCCUCACACAAGGUCACGGGCGCGGCUGCUCACCGUCUGCUCCUGUCUGGACCUUCGGCUCCGCUCCGCCAGGUGCUCAGACACCGCCUGCAUCGCACUCGAGAUGAUCUGAUGUCCUGAGUCAGACGCUUGCUAACCAUGAUGGCCACACAGACACUGAGUAUAGACAGCUAUCAAGAUGGGCAGCAAGUGAGCGCCUGCCUUUACUCUGCAUGCUAGUUGCCGCCCGCGGGCGUGGCGCUGAAAGAUGCAAGUGGUAACAGAGUUAAAAACGGAGCAAGAUCCAGUUUGCUCUGAACCAGAUGCGGAAGGAGUGAGCCCUCCCCCCGUGGAGUCUCAGACCCCGAUGGAUGCGGACAAGCAGGCCAUUUAUAGGCACCCCCUGUUUCCACUGUUGGCCUUGCUGUUUGAAAAAUGCGAGCAGUCCACGCAGGGCUCCGAAGGCACCACCUCCGCCAGUUUUGACGUGGACAUAGAGAACUUCGUCAGGAAGCAGGAGAAGGAAGGGAAGCCCUUCUUCUGUGAGGAUCCAGAAACGGACAACUUAAUGGUAAAAGCAAUCCAGGUGUUGCGCAUUCAUCUUCUUGAGCUGGAAAAAGUGAACGAGCUCUGCAAAGAUUUCUGCAGUCGGUACAUUGCUUGUCUGAAGACAAAAAUGAACAGUGAGACCCUGCUGAGCGGGGAGCCUGGAAGCCCGUACUCCCCUGUGCAGUCCCAGCAGAUUCAAAAUGCCAUCACGGGCACCCUCGGCUCCCAAGGAAUCGUGGUGCCAGCAUCUGCCCUGCAACAGGGAAAUGUCACCAUGGCGACAGUGGCAGGUGGCACCGUGUACCAGCCUGUCACAGUCGUCACUCCGCAAGGCCAAGUGGUCACCCAGGCGCUAUCUCCCGGGACAAUCAGGAUCCAGAACUCACAGCUCCAGCUGCAGUUGAACCAGGACCUCAGCCUCCUGCACCAGGACGAUGGCUCAUCCAAGAACAAGAGGGGCGUCCUGCCCAAGCACGCCACCAACGUCAUGCGCUCCUGGCUCUUCCAGCACAUAGGGCACCCUUACCCCACAGAGGAUGAGAAGAAGCAGAUCGCUGCUCAGACAAACUUGACACUACUCCAAGUCAACAACUGGUUCAUCAAUGCUAGAAGACGAAUUCUGCAGCCAAUGUUGGAUUCCAGUUGUUCAGAGACCCCGAAAACGAAGAAGAAGACUGCUCAGAACAGGCCAGUGCAGAGGUUUUGGCCGGACUCCAUUGCGUCGGGCGUGGCCCAGGCUCCACCCAGCGAGCUGACCAUGUCAGAAGGUGCCGUUGUGACCAUCACCGCGCCCGUGAACGUGAACGUGGACAGCCUGCAGUCCCUGUCCUCGGACGGGGCCACCCUGGCCGUGCAGCAGGUCAUGAUGGCGGGCCAGAGCGAGGACGAGUCUGUGGACAGCGCGGAGGAGGACGGGGGCGUGCUGGCGCCCAGCCACAUGGGCGGGCUGGUGCUGGAGAACAGCGACUCUCUGCAGUAGGGGCCUGCAGGCGCCGCCUCGUUUCACAGUUUGCACAGCAAACGUUCUACACAGUUUUAUUUCUAAUAUGUUUUAUAUGUAGAUAUAGAAAAGUGCACUUUUGUAUUUCAUAGCUUAAAAAGAGCAUCUUUGCCGGUGCAGCGGCUUCUUUCAGAUGUGUGCGUGUGUGGGUUUUUAAAGAAAUUCUUGAAGGGUUUAACGAUAGAACUGUGACGAGUGACCCCCACCUCAGUCCCUAAUUAGAUUAGGAAUAGUGCUGCCAUUUUCUAAACAAUUAUGCCGUUUUCAUCGAGUUCCGCAGCUUGCAGCAGAUGUCGGAGGGCUGCUGUGUCGGUGUCGUCCGAGAACAGGAAAGGUGCUGCAGCUGGAAGCCGCUGGCGGGGUGGCCACGGCCUGCAGCGGACUGUGUGGCGUCACCGGGAGCACUGGUGACCGCAGUGCGCCUCAGUCCCCUCGCGGUCGGCGAGCCUGUUUCAUUUGCUAUAUAUAAAAAGAAACUCCUAUUUUUACCUUGCUGGAAUUAUUGGAUAAAAAGCUAUUUUUAUAAAUUCGUUAUGAAUUGGAUUAUGACUAUAUUGAGGAUAAAAAUUUCUAGAGAAGAAACAAUACAUGCUUACAUUUCGAUUUGGAAUGUUCCGAUUGCCCUGCCCACGCUGGCUGUCGUUCCCAGGUCUCCUGCUCUCCCGGAUGGUUUGCAUUUACUGCUGAAGGAGACAACAGCCUAGUGAAACUUCGGCCUUCCAAAUUUCUGUGUACACACAGUGCUCAUGUUGCGUUUUACACAUGGUCUACACAGGCCCCGGAAGGCGUGUGCUCAGCAGGACUUGGGGUAAGCGAAGCCAAGGGAGCCCGUAGCCAGUCCGAAGCUCUCGCCGCCCCUACGCCAGUCUAAUUUAAGUUGGGCCUCAGUUACACGCUCACUUUACUGCGUUAACUGUGUACUGUUUUAGGGGUUCUUUUAGUCAGAAUAUGGUAUGCAUAGAAUGUUUAUUAUAAACUCAUGUAAAAUGUUCUCUAUCGCACUGGCUCAGAGCUGGGGUAAAUUCAGACAUCCAUGCUGUCUCACGUAAUUGGCAGAUGUGAGUGAGGUCACAGUGCGGAGCUGAACUGUGACAGUGUCCUGACAGCGGACCCCGCCGGGUCACCUCACACACACUUGUUUCCUGUUAUGUGUUGUUGCUUCGGAGUUCCUUGAGCCCUCCGCGCUCACUGGAUUCCCCAAGAUCUGGAGUAAUUUGGAGACUUCUCGUUCCUGGUGACACACUGAAAGAGUGGCUGGGUUUUAUUUUCUUUGGUGUUGGUUUGUUUUCGUUUACUCAGGAGCAGAUACUUUUCUCAGAGAGAAAGCCAGCCACCUGCCUUGUGCAGUGUGUCUUGGUGUCACUGUGGACAGGGUGCCUGCAGUCCCCGGCCGACAGAGGAGCGUGCGGGUUGCCAUGGCCACCAGCUCUUGUGGCACAGGAGUACUGACUGGCGUAGACCAGGGUUACGUCAGGGACCUGGUUAGGCAGGUGGGUUGUUUUUUUCUGAGACAGAUUUCCCCCCACAAACGUAUGACGACGAGUCACAGGGAGCACGUCCCGGGCAUCCUGGCAGGCGGAGACUUCUUUAAACCCAUUUCAGGAGCUUUGGCUCCCAGAAUACCUUGGUCAUCAGCAUUUCUGGGGAGAGAAGAACUUUUUCAUCAGCCACUGCAUAACUUAUUUAUAGUUUUCAGUAUUUUAAGUCAGGUCUGCACAAGGCUAAGAGAUCAUUUUAACUUUAUUUAAAUGCCAACUUUGUUGGACUUCUUAAAACUAAGACCUGGGGGAGCCCCAGCUGCCCCUCGCCCAGCCGCCUGCUCUUGGCAGAGCAGGGAAGAAGUGCUCGGAAUGUGCUCUCUUGAGAGGCCGUCCUGUCUGCCGUGGUGUAGAGGCGGGGGGGCCCAGCCUGUGGAGCCCUGGCUGCUUCGGCCGCCCUGGCUGGGCUGUGACCGCCUGCUGAGAGGCGCAGCCGCCUUGUGCAGUGGGGGGCGGGUCUCUUCAGCCCGAACUUGUCUGCUAACUUCAGAGGAGUGAGAUGCAGACGGUGAGAGAAGCCCUGGGCCGUGGUCCCCUUCCCCUCUCCGUGUGUGACGAAGGUGCUGUUAAACAGCGUCCGCACGGCCAGCCGUUCUGGCUCAGGAUCGCUGCCCAGCCUGUUGGUGGUCAGUGUGCAGUGCAGAAGCACCUGUUCUGGGGCCCUCGUUCAGUGGGGAGACUCCGGAAGUGCGGUCUGUUUGCGCUUCAUUUUAAAUGGCCAGAUCCGAUUCAGUCUUAGUCUGGUCCUUGUUAAAUUCCUCCCUUGAGCAGCGCCUUGCGAGUGUGUCGUGAGACCCGCAGCCAGCCACCGUCAUCCCUGCUGUUCUGCUCACCCCAGCAGGCCCCAGCUGGUGGGCUCAGCUCUCCUGUUUUUGCGUCCAGAUAGUCGGCUAGUAGAAGCGUCUAUCCAGUACGCAGAGUGGCCUUGACAGCCGGGGGCUCCGGGGACGGCCCUAUAGCCGGCGAAGGGCCCAUCGCCUCCUGUGUGUGGACGCGGGGACACUUUGCUCUCGUGGACAAGCUGCAGCGAGCUGCCAGGGUGCUGCCGUCCUGAGAGCCCUCCCUGCAGUUAGUGACAGAACUAACUCAGCAGUCUGCCUUUUUUAGUUAUGUUCGGUCUUUGAAACUGACAAUCUUUAAAAUGUGAAUACUGUAACAAUGUUUUCUGGAUUGUUGUCUUUAAAAGGACUUUUGUGAAGCAAUUGAUUUAUCAAAGCAAAAAAAUUAAAAAUAGAAACAUGCCUUA